AAGAAAAUUUCCAAGAUGAAAGACCAACAAUUAAAUUGUAAAAUGUAAAGGAACCCAUUCAAAAAUGUUGAAAAUAACAGAUAACAUUGAGUCUUUUGACCAAAAUCUAGUGUAAUUUAAAAAAAAAUCUUUAUCAAUAUCAAAAUCUUUGAUAAACAGAAAAUGGGAAUGGAUAUGCAGUGUAACGCUUUUGAAAAUCAAAAUUAGCCUUUAUUAGCUUUAUUCUUAAUAAAAUAAACAGACAGAAUGAAGGACGAUGACGAUGAGGAGGCUGAUAACACCUUUGGCGUACAGCGUUACCCGUGUAUGCCUUCGCUGGUUGCCUUACAACAGAUGAGAAACCGACUCCACCUUGCUUUCCUUGGCAAAAAACUGAUGAAAUGGACCGCCUUGGCCACUGGCAGAGAGCUGAGGCACAUCGCCGCUGAAUUAUACAAGGUAUACGAUGGCUUCAGCGUGGACGUGCGGAACGCGUUCAUCCUCCUCGCUCGGAGUCGGUACUUCUAUCCACAGCUGAAUCACAUUGUCACCGAGGAUAUUGCUGAACAGGCAGCAGUUGUGGUCCGGCAGGCAACUAAACAGGUCUCCAGUGUCAAGAUUACGCAGUUUGAGAUAGUAGAAACGGAACAUCCAGCCUACGCGCAUUUGGGCCUAGAAAAAGGCGGUCAGACUAUCCAGGAGGCGAAGAAGGCCUGGCUGGAACUGCUCAAGAGGCUCAUCCUGAUGAUGCAGCUCAGAACCAGCUUCCUGAUGGUGGAGGAGGCUAAUAGGAACGCUACCAAGAAAUGGAAUGUUCUAUCAAAACUUGUCAUUCCCAGGAUAAAAGUGAGCUGUCAAUACAUUACUUCUGAAUUAGAAGAGAUUGAAAGGGAGGAUAACUUUAGAUUGAAAAGAUUUAAGGAAUUAAAAAUUAAAAAGAAUAAAGAGAAGGAAGGAGUAAUUAAAAAAGAUAGUAAAAUGGAAGUUCCAGCAAAAGUUUGUUGCAAUGCAAUAGAACCUCUCACAGAAAACAGAAAAAUACGUGAUAAUAUUAUUGAUUCAUGUCAGAAAACCGUUAAAUCUUCUUGUAGUAGUCAAUGUCUUAAAUAUAAUCAAUCCAAAAUACCUUGUGCUAGCCCACCUGUUUACGAAGUAGAUAAAAUUUGUAGUUGCGAAGUAAUAAAACCAACUAUCAUUGAAGAGCCUGUUUGUGAUUGUGAACCCUUGGAAAAACCAGAACCCUUUUGCAGUUGCACCCCAAUGGAAAAACCUGUUACUUUAGAGCCUGUAUGUAGCUGUAAAGCACUGUCGAUACCGGAUAACGUAGAAUCUGUCUGUAGCUGCGAACAGUUGAAAAAGCCUGUUGAAAAAGAAUCUAAAGUAUCUGUUGCUGAUAGAAAAAUACAGACUGAUAAUCUCAAAUACUCUUAUAGUCAUCCGUUAUCUCAGGAAGAAAAUGAAAGUCCUCUGUCGACUAAAGUUGCUGUUAGAUUUCACGAUGAUCGUGAUAAAUCCACUAUUAGCAGUCAACCCCCAAAGAUGCAAAAUAAAGCUUCAUUUGAUGACAAACCAACGCAAACAGUAUAUUCAACAGAUCCUAUUUGUGGUUGUUCUGCACAUUAUAUCAAAGAUGAUAAUAGGAACGAUCAUAUAUUUUCUUCUAAUAAAAAAAGAGUUAAAGGUAUUCGUAGUGAUUUAUCGCCGCAAGCAAAAGCAAUUGGUAGUGAAGAAUCUGGGAUUUGUUGCAAUAAAUCACCAGGCAACGAAAGAAGUACAAGAACCUCUAAAUCUGAUCAAAUUAGAUACACCAAACCGAUAACUGAAAAUAAAAGUGAUAAAUCUAUUAGUUGUACACCAGUAAAAUCACAAAAUAAAGUUUCUUUUCAAGAUAAAGAAAUACAAACUAAAUCUCAAAGUAAUUUUCCUUCCCAAAGUAAAUCGUCGGCUUGUUUAUUGCCAACUAAAGAAAAGAUUGGAAGUUCAGAAGAAGGUGGUAAAUAUAUGCGGACGUUUAAAGAAACUGUAAAGAUAACUAAGAAACCAGAUAAAAAUGGUAAUAUAUGUGAAAAACAUAGAACAAAGACAGUGAAAACCGAAAAGAGGAUAAUUGGUAAUCCAAUUACUUCCAAAAAAAGUUUAAAACAGGUUUCAAAAACACCUAGUACUGCAAUACCAUAUUCUAGUGACGUAGCCGCAAAACCUUGUGAGAAGGAUUCCAGCAUUCUUACAAAAUCUAAAGCCAUUUCAUUAGCUUCAAUUGAUCUAAGUCAGCCUGUGUCCGAAAGUGAAUCAUUAGUUCAAGAUGUUAAUUUAAAUACAGGUGGCAAAUCUUCUACUUGUUCUAAUAAGAGUACAGGGAGUAGUACAAGUCAAUUCGAAAGCUGUGAAAGUACAAAAUCUACAAGUAGUAGCUGUACGAGUGAUAUUAAAUGCAAUAGCAGAUUUAAACCGGGUAGUGACAGCCUAAAAGUGAAAAUUGUUGCCAAAUCUGACGAUGAAACGAAACAAAAUGAUGAAACCAAAAUCGAGCUUACACCGAGUACUUUAAACAUAAUCAAGCUAAUAUUAUUGGGGUUAAGUAAAUCAGAGAUUUCCAACAAAUCUAGUGAAAUGAAACAGGAAGGAAUUACGAGAAGUGCAAAAUUCAAUUAUGAUUCAAUGAAAACCAAAGACUUGCCUCAAAAAAACUGUUUAUGUUCGUCAAAAGCUGACACUGCGCAACCAUCUUCUGGCAUCACCACAUGCAAUUGUAAGGAUACAUAUAACAAUUUAAUAUCACAACAGCCAACAGCAAAACACAAAUGUUCUAGCAUGAAGGAGAUAUUACAAGUACCAGCAGUAUCUCAAAGUUGUUCUUGUGAUAAAGUUAAAGAUAUGCUAGCAAAUGAGUUGAAAACUAAUCAAUAUUGUAAUAAAUCGCAAAGUUUACCGACUAUCAAUACCCGAAACUGUACGUGUGGAAAAAAUGUAAUAGAAAAACCUCCACUUACAAAACCACAAGGAUAUAGUUGUCAGAGAAAUAAAACCAGCUCUCCUAAAGCAUAUGAGUUAAGUGGUAUAGCAUUACCAUCAUGUUCAUGUAGCAAGGCUCAGAACAUAUCUAAGUCUAACACUGCACACUAUAAAUUAGAAGAUAAAUCUUAUGAAAGUAAACAGAAACGAUCCAAUGAGAGUUCCAAGCAUAAACCAGAUAAAACAUGUUCUUGUAAAUCUUCAAGUAACAUAAAAAUGUCCGAUAAAAUUUGUCCAAAUUGUAAUCAACAACCAAGCAGCACAUCAGUAUGUAGCACCUCACGCAAUGAAAGUAGUUCUUCUUACAAAAAAUCUCUCAGAUUUUCUGACUCCCUUCAAACCAAAACUACUAAAUCCUGUAGCUGUUUGUCUCAAAAGAAAUUAAAUAACUCUUUGAAGUCAUGUAGCUCAAAAUCUUCUGGUACCAUAACUUCCCAGAGUCAAAAUUUUAUAUGUCCUAAAUGUUCUGUAACUAAAGUAGAUGCAUCGACGUCUACGCGUAGAUCCGAUAAAUACGAUGUUAGACCUCUGAGAUUAUUGAUGGAUAGAAAAACAUGUGAUAGUUCAUGUAAAUCUGAUACUGUAAUUUUGAGAGCAUAUAGAAAACCGGAUUCAUGUCAUAAACUGAUAAAGAGGUGUCAUUCCUGUAACGAUAAUGAUAAAUAUAAUUUUAGAUGUAAUCACUAGUCAUUUUAUAAUUUUGGAGAAGUGAUUAAAGGAAGUUUCAAUUUU